AGAAACAAGGUCUUGGGCAGUUCUGGGGUAUUCUACGCUACUUUAACUGAAACACCAUUUUGUAUUUAUCAUUGAUCCCGGUUACUCGACGCCCGUGUACAAUUUAAUAUACACGAUUCCGAAAAGUGAAUUGCCAGUGGCUGUCUGUCUGCGGAUAUUGCUGCAACUUUUGUCACGAAGUGAAAAACAAGAUAACGUACGGAGGCUAAGUGAGAACCCGGCAGUGGCGGAGGUAGUGGAAUUUUAAGUUACUGAUAAAAAGAGAUAAGAGAAACAUAUUCAGGUAAAAAUGGCGGAACUACAGGGGACAACUGUAGGCCAGGACGCUUUAUCCGUGGGACAACUUGAACUUGGAGGAAAUCCUAAUGCCCUUGCCUUGCGGAGGCCUUUUGAUCCAGUGGCACAUGAUCUUGACGUAACUUUCCGCCUUACGCGGUUCGCCGACCUGAAAGGAUGAGGGUGUAAAGUCCCUCAAGAAGUUCUUGGUAAACUUCUCGAGGGACUUCAGGCCGACGAUGGUAGCGCUCAAGAUCAUGAACAUGCCCACUUUAUACAUAUGGCUAUUCCGCGAAUUGGCAUUGGUAUGGAUUCUUCUGUAACACCACUCAGACAUGGCGGGCUUAGUUUAGUUCAAACAACAGAUUUCUUUUACCCCCUAGUCGAUGAUCCUUAUAUGAUGGGUAAAAUUGCCUGUGCAAAUGUUUUAAGUGAUUUGUAUGCAAUGGGUGUAACUGAAUGUGACAACAUGCUUAUGCUUCUUGGGGUCAGUACAAAGAUGACGGAAAAAGAGCGAGAUGUUGUAGUACCUUUGAUAAUGAGAGGAUUUAAAGAUUCUGCAUUAGAGGCUGGAACAACAGUUACUGGAGGACAAACAGUUGUAAAUCCUUGGUGUACAAUAGGAGGUGUUGCUACUACAGUCUGUCAGCCUAACGAAUAUAUCGUACCAGAUAAUGCUGUUGUUGGUGAUGUCCUUGUUUUAACAAAGCCCUUGGGUACACAAGUUGCAGUGAAUGCACAUCAAUGGUUAGAUCAACCAGAUCGUUGGAACAGAAUCAAACUUGUGGUCAGUGAAGAUGAUGUACGUAAAGCUUAUCAACGAGGAAUGGAUAGUAUGGCGAGGUUAAAUAGAAUAGCUGCACGGCUGAUGCACAAAUAUAAUGCUCAUGGAGCAACUGAUGUUACUGGAUUUGGAUUGUUGGGUCAUGCCCAGAAUUUGGCUAAACACCAAAAAAAUGAAGUUUCUUUUGUUAUUCAUAAUCUCCCUGUUAUUGCAAAAAUGGCAGCUGUAGCUAAAGCAUGUGGCAAUAUGUUUCAACUACUUCAAGGGCACUCAGCUGAGACAAGUGGAGGGCUUUUGAUUUGUUUACCGCGGGAACAAGCUGCAGCUUAUUGUAAAGACAUUGAAAAGCAAGAAGGUUAUCAAGCAUGGAUUAUUGGUAUUGUAGAAAAAGGAAAUCGUACUGCAAGAAUAAUUGAUAAGCCUCGUGUAAUAGAAGUGCCAGCUAAAGAAAAAGAUGGAGAACUUUGGUAGAAUAAAAUGAUUCAACGUUAUCCUUUAGCUUUUGUGUCACUAGAAAUAAAAUAGGCAUCUUUUUUAUGGAUUUCAAAUAAUGUAAAUAUUGAAAAAUGUCUAAAUAACUGUUAUAAUUUGGGUUUAAAAUUUUUAUUCUUUAAUGUAUUAGCAUAAAUAAUUGUCAAAUCAAUUAUUUACACGAUCCAAAAAUAUUCAAUUUUUUUAAAAAUCAACUUAAAUACAAACAAAAAAUAGUAGAACAUUCCUACAUAUUUAUGACACAUCAUUAUUUUUUUUUUUUUUGUAUUUUUUAAAUAUUUUUAUUAAAGUUAUGACAACAAUAUUUUUGGAUUUAUAAAGAGACACAAAAGCAUUCAAAAGGCACAAUUUGCUUAAUCAUAUGGCACAUUAAAUAAAUCAUGAGCUCUUUAGAAAAGUACACAUUAAGCAAAUUUAAGCAAAGUUCUGAGUAACAUUUCAGUCAUAACGAUUCUCUAUCAAUAAGAGCCUAUUCAUAAUUAAAAGUUUCAUCAAAUGAAAAUAAAUUUCAAUAUAAUAGAAGAAUUUCAAGUAUUGGAUGCUUUAUAAGUUCAUGAGAGUUUUACAUUUAUAUUUGUACACAAUUUAUAUAAAAAACAAAACUAAAAAAAAUUUAUCAAUGACAAAAAGUAACAAUAUAAAGAUAAUCCUAUUACACUAAAUUUUUGUACCAGAAAAUUAUAUUAUGUAUGAAUUAAAAACUUGUACGAUUUUUGCUAAAGACGUCUUUAAUAAUUUAGUUUAUUUUUAUGAAGACGUACAAAUUAAUGAACUAGA